AUGCCCCCCGCCUACGCUCCCGUCCCCAAUCCCCGCUACGCCCCCGAAGAUGCACAGCGCGAGCUAGACGACGCCUUCGACAGCGACGACGAGGGCCAGGACUCCUCCGAGCGUACCCCUCUCACCCGUUCCCUCCCUCCACGCUCCGACUCUCACUACCACCCCGCACUCGACAGCGACGAGCUCCCUGAGGUGCUUUCCACGUCCCAGACUGCCCCCGGCGGGUACGACUUCGAGCGUGACUACGACUACCCCCCGCCUGGCUCCCCUCCUGGCCCCUCCGCCUUCGCUCUCCCCAAUGACUUUGGCAACUCCAACGGCCUCGUCCCCUCUCCAUCCGCCAUCCGUGCACCCCCCCUUCAGAACCAGCGACCACGCUCGUUCUGGCGACGCACCGUCGGCGCCCUCCUCCCUCAGCACUACGUACGCGUCCCAACAGAUGCCCCCGGCCACCGCGUAGUCGGCGGUGGAACGGAGAACGAUGGGGUGUUCGCAAACGUCGCUGCCAAGCCCUCCCGGCCAGUGACCAUUACCGACGUCGAUGGGAACGUCCACAUCGUCCCGGAGGAGGUGCAGAAAGAGACCCCGCCGACCUACGCGGAGGCGCAGGCCGACGCAGUGCCCCCGUACUGGGAGACGACGGUGCACGCGCCCGCGGGCACGUUCGACCCGAACGCGUUCAUGAUUGUCGACGACCUGCCUUCGGGCUCGGUCUUCACCUUCAUCAUGACCGCGUUCAUCUCCUACUUCUUCCAGUUCGCCGGCUUCGUGCUCACCUACCUCCUCCACACCACCAACGCCGCCAAGUACGGCUCCCGCGCCGGGCUCGGCAUCACCCUCAUCCAGUUCGGCCUCGUUCAAUACGGAAACGCGUUCAAAAAUAGCAUCGCGCUUGCCGAACCCGCAGACCCCGCCGCGCCAACACCGACGACGCUCGCGGAGGAGAUCGCGUACUGGAACGAGACGCGCAACGUGCUCCUGCAGGCGCACAACGGCUCCGCGUACAACACCACGGACCCGUUCGCGGACCUCGACCUGCAGCUCGCGAUCUCCUCUCGGGACUGGAUCGCGCUCAUCCUCAUGACCUUCGGCUGGUUCCUCCUGCUGUCGUCCUGCGUCGGGUUCUACCGCGUCAAGCGCUGGGAGUCGUCCAUCCGUGCGUCCGCUGCGGACGACGAGCCGCUCUCGCCCGAGCAGCGUGCGCGCGACGAGCAGGUGCGGCGCAAUAUCGAGAUCGCGUUCGGCUUCGGGCACCUCGACGACGACGGGGACGACGACGAGGCGCCCCAUGCUAGGCGGCCCCUGACUGAAGCGGAGCUGCGCCUGACGCGGACGCUCCAGGCUGCCGGGCUGCUGUGA